CUCCCAGACCCGCCCCUGCCUGUGGGGAGCUGCGUCUUCGCUUCUCGCGCUCGCCCCACGCUGGCAGUCGCCCUCUCCCGGCAGGGCAACACCAGGCCGCGGCAGGCUCGCCGCGGGGGAGCGGGCGGGGCCUGGCUCCGUGCCUCAGUUUCCCCAGUGUGCACAAGCGGCGGCGGCGGGUAGGGCGCUUCGGAGUCUGCUCCGCGGCGCGGCUCAUGGCUCCCGGGGCCGGCGAGCGCGGGGCGCGGCGCUUCCGCGGGCUGUGCAGGGCCCUCGCACACAUCUGCGGACUGGCCGGGAAAAGAUAUAUUGGAAAGAGUCCAGUAGUACAGUGGGCAGUGUUCUACCUAAAGAGGCAGACACAUCUUGGAAGUGAUCUCUUAUUCAAUAUCCAUGAUUAUUCUACAAAUAAUCUGAAGAAAGAUUUUGAAAAGCCUAAGCACCUAUUAUAUAUUUGCCCUGGACAAAGAAACCAGCAAGACCUCAAGCAGAUACAAUCAUAUCUGAAGAAGAACCGAACAUUCCAGUGUUUGCCUAUUAAGACAUAGCUUCAGCUUUGCCAAGCUGUUGUCUAUCAAAAGUAUGAAGCUGGAACAAUAAUUAUAAGGCAAAGACAUGUACCAAAUGAAUGUUAUUUAGUACUGUCUGGAAAAUUAGAAGUCCUAUCAGGUGAUGCAAAUUUGAAAGCCCAACCUUUCACCUCUGAAAUGUUGUAUGAAGCUGAAGAAGGAGAUUUCAUAGGGGAUUUUGAUGCUACUCUUGCCAAUGCACUCUUCAAACAAUAUCAUGGAACAUGCAACUUCCUUAGGAAACUCACAUUAUUCUCUUCAUGGCCAGCAGAAAAAAUAGACUUUCUUGUUCAUUGCUCCCUACGGAGAUUUUACAGGACAGGAACUACAGUUGUCCCAGACAGCUUGAACUCUUACUUCCUAGUAGUUGUAAAAUCAGGUCGAUGUCUGGUAGCAACACAAUUAAAUCAAGAGAGAAUUUCUGCACACUCCAGUAAAAUGCACAGUUUUUCUUCGCUUCAUAAAAAAAUUAUUGCACUAUCUUUGUUAGAAGAAAAGAAGGAUUUCGCUUGGAGGCUCUUGAAAAGACCUGCUGGGCUUUCACAGAAAUCUUAUUCGGCAACUCACAGAACCAACUGUAACCAAAUACCUAGAAGACUGAGGCCGCAGACUGCUGCAGUAUCAUGUUAUUCGCUCAGAGAGAGAAAAUCCCCCAGUGAUCUGGAACAGAAAGAACCAAGUGAAAGAGAUGAUCAGAUGAGGACAGUCAUCAAGAAACAAAAGGUAGCUUCAUCAGCUCCUCUGUUCCUGAAGACCUGGGCUCUGGAACAAGAGGGCAGUUUUGGCUUGGCUGAAACAAUGGACAAAUUUUGUGGCCUGAAGUUCAGCUUGAUCAGUGAAGGAGCAGACUGCAUUUUCAUUCCCCAAAAAAUUUUUCUUGAGAAAGCACCUGACAAAUCCAAGAGAGCAGCUCUCGAGCGGGUGAGCACCUCUCCCACUGAGAAGAUGAUUAGAGAGAGUUACACCAGGCAGCAGGCUUGGAGCACUUACAAGGCUGGAGUUGUGGGAGAGCAGAUCAAGAGAUGCACUAGACCAACUUCAGCUCAUUUUUCUUUUUAAAGGCGGCUGAUUGUAGUUGAUUAAUUUAUGGCUUGGUAUUUCUUCCUUUAAAAAAUUAGAUAAUGAUGCUUUAUGCCAGGGCUGGCCAAUUGACAGUCUAGCUCAUGAAGGGUAAGCAUAUGGCCCCUGGGCUCCCACCCAGCCUAUGGCUACAGCAGCAGCUGGAGAUUGGGGCUCCUUCUCCCACCCUUAGCUUCCACUGUCUGCCAGUUCCAUGACAUGGCACCGUGCCACGCAGCCUGUGAUGCUAAGGAAGCCAUCAGCCUGGAGCACCUGUGCAGCCUGGUGCCACAGGGAGAUCUGCAGUUUGCUGCAGGUGAGGGAGGAGUGCCAGCAGGGCACCAAGGUGUGGGAAUGCCCAACCACACACUAAGUGCAGCUGCGAGGGGAAGCAUUCAAUUGCCUGGGCACAGUGCAGCAGCAUGAGACAAUGUCUGCCCUUGUGUGUGAGGUGCAGACUAAGGAGGUCCGUGGCCCCUGCUAGUGCAACUCCUAUGGUGUGCGGCCUCUGCUAGUGUAGACCAUAAGGCCUGCAGCUCCCGACUGCUUAGGAGUUGGACAGCCUUGUUGUAUGCUAAUGGGAAAUUAUCUAGGAUAAUGCAUACGUGCUACAUGCCUUUAAAUCAAGCUUGUUCCAUUGUAUAUAGCUGUGAUUGUUUCCGAGAUCAAUUGAUCUGAUCUUGAGAGUAACUAAGAAUAUAGUGGGAGUUGCUCCAAGAUCAAAGGCUAGUCGCAUAUAUUUGCUUCACAGCUUUUUUUCUUAAGUGUCAGGCUCCUAGCUAUUCUUUGACUGCUACCAGCCCUGCAGUUUUGACACCCCCCCCCCCCCCCCCGUGUUGUAACACAUAGACAAGCACCCAUGGCAUGAGUUUUGUCUGUCAGCAGCUAGGGGUGCAGGGCCCCAGAACACCCCUGCACCAAUCUCCUCAACAGCCAGCAGGCUUUGUGGCCACAGCAGGGGCCACCAUCCCUGCAGCUUUCAACCCGCUGCGACUUAACACAUACAGGGUCACCCAUGUCACGAGUUUUGCUUGUCCACAGCUUGAGGUGCAGUUCCCCCCCAAACUCCACCACCGAUCUUCUUGAAACUUGGCAGGCUUUGUGGCCUCAGUAAGAGCUACCACUCCUGCAGUUUUCAGCCCCCUGUGAUGUAACACACAGCUGUGACAUGAGUUUGACUUUCAAGAAUUUGGGGUACAGUUCCCCCCAAACCCCUGCACCGAUCUUCUUGAAACAAGGUAGGUUUCAUGCUCUCAGCAGAAGCUACCAUCCCUGCAAGUUUCAUCCAAAUCAGACAAAGAACAACAGAGUUAUAGAUAUUUCAUUGAUUCCCCCAUUAUACCCUAUGGCCGGAUCUCCAAGAUGGCUCCGAAGCUUCGAAGCCGCUUUGGCCAGAUCAAGGUGGAAACCCGGUCCGGAGCUCUGGAUUGGAUCACUGCCAUAUGAAGCGGCUGGAUCCGAAGCCAGAUCAGAUUGCUGCCGACUCGCACAGGCCUACUGUCAGCAAUCUGACCACCAUGCCGGGAGGGUAAUGGAAAAGAGGGAAGAGAAAGAGCCCAGCAGUUGGAAGCAGCUAAGUUCCCUCAUCCUUUCUUGUGAACAGUGGGGAUGUCUCCUCUCCCCUCUACCUCUCUGAAAUAUCUGGCUUGAGAAAGGACAGAAAGGUGUAAGGAACUUCUAUAGUGGUCCACACAUCCUAGAAGUGAGAGAAGGAAACAAAGGGGUAUGAAGAGCUUUCCUGUGCCCCUUGCUGUGCACGGGGAAGGUGGGUAGAGAACCCUGGGAGGAGUAGGGGAUGAGGCUCAGGACAUGAUGAACAAGGUGUUGGGCAGAUGUGGACAUUGUGGGUAUAGACCACUUGGGGCAGAAUUAAUAUGGGCAUGGGCGACUGGUGCCACCUUAGUCAGUCCUGCUGGCCAGGGUGGGGGUCCCCCUGUGGCUGAUCCCGCAACGGCCAAUCGCUGCAGCCGCUUCCAGGAGUGGCUGCAGCUGCUUCUGGGAUCGGCUGCAGAGAUCGGCCGGCGCUUGCAGGGUGGGCACCGGUGCUUGCAGGUUGGGCACCAGCACUUCCACCUGCCCCCCCCCCCCUUGCCGAUCACCUAAGCAGUGAGCACAACCAGUCAGGGGGUGCACCAGCACUCUCAAGGGGUGCACAUGCACCCCCAUGCACCCCUUACGCAUCGCCACUGUACAUGGAGCUGAGGCAGCAGGAUUAUUUGGAGAACUGGGACAGGAAGACAUGGAGAUGAGAGCUUCAGCAAUGGGAUCAAAACCACCUUCCCCAGUAAAUUUGGGAAAGUGGCCAUAAUGAAUUCCCCAUGCCCUCACUCUUGUGUGCGUGCAUGCACACACACAUACAUGCACACACAAAACCACAUGACUUUUUAAAAAAUCAGUAUUAUGCACAGAGAAUACGACAAGCGAUUCUUGGAAUUUUAGGGCUAGUGGUAGCAGGAAAGACAUGUUUUGGCUUGAUUUCAAGACACUCGUGGGUCUCAUGGGAAGAACUAAUAGUUCUUGUACCUCAUCGGGAGGGAACAAGAAGGGCUUUUAAGAAGUUCUUCCUGACCUUGACCUCUGAAUCAGGUGCAAUCUUGGCCCUCUUGAUCCUCUCACACAGGAGUUUACUGUCAGCAGUAACAAUAGAAAAGCCAUGUAUAUGGUGCCAUUCCUUAUGUAUUGACCAGUUCACUUCAAAUGGAUCCAUUAAUGUCACCUCAGAAGUUGUUUUGUAAAGAUAGGCUUAAUCAAAAUGUAAGAUAUAUUUCACCAUUACUAUACAAUCAUGGAAUUGCAGAGCAUCACACAUAUCUUAAACUUAGAAAAAAGAAAUUACUCAACUAGAAAAUGUUCCACUGCUCCCCUUCCCUGCUCUUCGGCUACUCUUAAAACCAACAGUUAGAAAGUUUUGUAGCUGAACAUUGAUACUCUGAGUAACAUUUCUUUCCCCGAGCAAUGUGGAAAUUUGGGCUGCCUGCUUCCUCUGGCUCUGUAGGAAAAUAUUGGCUUUCCUCUGGAAAGAAGCCCCGAAGCUAUGGAUCUCAGACUACUACUACCCCAAGGUUUCCUACAACAGUGCGCUGUAUGUACUAUCCAUUUGACUAAGUGUUGUGGACUGUCUAGCAUUGUUGAGUUUCUGGUUUUUAUUAUGCUUCCAUGAGGCAUUCCCCAGUGAGUAAUUAUUUCCAUCUGGAAACUCACUGUUAACAAUUUUUGUUGCAGUUUUUCUCUGUAAUGAUUAAGUCAAAAUUACUACCAUGCAUAAAAAGUACAAAGGCUUGUAUGCAAACGUAAUCUUGUUUUUCUUUCAAUUUUAUCUCCAACCAAUAAAAUAAUUGACUGUCA